CACAUGCGAGUCACACAAGAGAAUAUGAAGAAAUGAAAACCGAACCACAACUCUCUACCCAGAAAUAAAAUCACAAACUAUGAUUGGUUAUGAAUAAUACAAAUUAAAUAAAUCCCUCAAAUUUACCUUGUUUUUCAUUUCACACACAUUGGUCACUCCGAACACAAGUUACAUUACAACCUCAAAAUCUCAAACAAACCAAAGCCUCACAAACAAACAUCAUUAAUUCAUCAUCACACUUCAAUUGUUGUUGUUCUGUUGUUCCAAUGGAGAGUUUUGCACUUCACUCACUCUCCACAACUUCUUCACCUACCUUCUUCCUCCAUCAUCUUCAUCAUCAUCGUUCUUCACGACCCAUCUUCAGAUCUCAAUUCUCUCCUCUUCCACAAAACCCAUCUUCACGUUCAAUCCCAUCACUCAAAUCAUCACAAUCCUUCUCUUUUCCCUCUAAAGUUUCAACCUUUAACCUUUUCUCAAAACCCCAUUUCCCAAUUCAUGCUAAUUCAACUCCACCACCUUCACCAUCAUCCCCACCAAAACCCAAUAUUCUUCAAGGUGCAAAGCCAAUUCCUUUUGCCAUUUCAAUCUUGAUAGGUCUCAUUGUAAGGUUCUUUGUUCCAAAACCAGUUGAAGUUACCCCUCAAGCAUGGCAAUUACUCUCAAUUUUCCUUUCAACGAUAGCCGGGCUUGUUCUAAGCCCGUUGCCGGUUGGAGCUUGGGCUUUUCUAGGCCUGACAGCAUCUGUGGUCACAAAAACUCUAACCUUUACAGCUGCAUUUAGUGCUUUUACUAAUGAAGUUAUUUGGUUGAUUGUGAUAUCGUUUUUCUUCGCUCGCGGGUUUGUGAAGACGGGUUUAGGGGAUAGAAUUGCUACUUAUUUUGUGAAAUGGAUGGGGAAAAGUACUUUAGGACUUUCUUAUGGUUUGACAUUUAGUGAAGUUCUUAUUGCACCUGCUAUGCCUAGUACUACUGCUAGAGCUGGUGGUGUUUUCUUGCCUAUUAUUAAGUCACUUUCACUCUCUGCUGGGAGUGAGCCUAAUAGUCCUUCCUCUAAGAGGUUGGGAGCUUUUCUUAUUCAGAACCAAUUUCAGUCUGCCGGUAACUCCAGCGCUCUUUUCCUAACCGCUGCUGCUCAAAAUCUGCUCUGUGUUAAAUUAGCACAGGAGCUUGGGGUGGUAAUUUCAAACCCUUGGGUUACGUGGUUUAAGGCAGCUAGUGUACCUGCAUUUGUUUGUCUUCUUGCUACACCGUUGAUUUUAUACACGAUCUAUCCUCCUGAAAUUAAAGACACGCCAGAGGCACCUGCCCUGGCUGCAAAGAAACUGGAAACAAUGGGCCCUGUCACUCAAAAUGAAUGGGUUAUGGUUGCUACAAUGCUUCUUGCAGUCUCUCUGUGGAUCUUUGGAGAGACUCUUGGCAUAGCAAGUGCUGUAGCUGCAAUGCUUGGUUUAUCAAUACUCCUCGUCUUAGGAGUCCUUGACUGGGAUGACUGCUUGAAUGAAAAAUCGGCGUGGGAUACCUUGGCUUGGUUUGCCAUUCUAGUGGGUAUGGCAAGUCAGUUGACAAACCUCGGGAUUGUGAGCUGGAUGUCUGAUUGUGUGGCCAACAGCCUUCGAUCAUUCUCCUUGAGCUGGCCGGCUUCAUUGGCUGUUCUUCAGGCCGCUUAUUUUUUCAUCCACUACCUUUUUGCAAGCCAGACUGGGCAUGUAGGGGCUUUAUACUCUGCGUUUCUGGCCAUGCAUAGGGCAGCUGGUGUUCCUGGUACUCUCGCAGCGCUUGCUUUAGGUUAUAAUACCAAUCUUUUCGGUGCAAUUACACACUAUAGCAGUGGUCAAGCUGCUGUAUACUAUGGAGCUGGCUAUGUAGACCUUCCCGAUAUAUUCAAAACGGGUUUCAUUAUGGCAUUUAUUAAUGCUAUCAUCUGGGGAGGAGUUGGCUCUAUCUGGUGGAAAUUUUUGGGCUUGUAUUAAUUACUUUGCAUUUCCUUGUAAGUAAAUAGCAGUUCUCUAUGCUUCUUUAAUCCCGGCCAAAAGAUAAGGUCCUUCAUUUGAGGACAGUUGAGUUCAUCAUUUUAACAUGAAGCUUUUUCUGCUUUUGGCUAACUUAUUUGUUAGUUUAAAUAAUGUUAGUUACCCGUGCCUUACUUAAUAAACAUUCACUGAUAUACUUGCAAUGAUUUGAAUGCGGGAACAUGAGGGCAAGUUCCAGAAUAAUUUAUACCUAGUUUCACCAUGUGCUGGGAGUUUCUUUCCCUCGUGCAGAAUUCAUGUGUA